CCCCGCCCCACUCCUCCCCUCACAUUUUUUCUUGCCUCGCUAGGAAUUGAGCCGCGGCUGUUGAUUUAACCAUUAACCGGCCACCUACCUCUAUAUUGCCAGCACGGACUGGCAGCAGCUCCCUAGUUUUGCAGCCCUACCUAGAGAUGCCGGGGAUGCAUGCAAAGCAGACGCUCUGCCACGGAUCUAUGGCCCUUGCUGCUCUCCUGCAGCAAUUAAAACCAUUGCAAAAACAGCUCACUGCUUGGGAGGCUGCUGGUCCUAAGGCAAAUUGUUCUGUUAGCUUCUGGGUCCGGUCUUUGCUCCUUCAAAGGGUUAAAUCCACCGAGCUCCGUUUCUUAGAGCGGCCCAGGAAAUUUGGAUGGGGGAAGUAAACAAUGAGGACAACUUCCUGGGUCUAAGCCCCGCCCUCCUCCUGGCAUUAGACUCCUGCAGAAGACAGACUGGGGAAAUGGCCAUGGAGGAACGGAGAACGAGGCUCAUCUGCCCAAGUUUCAAGGUCCCGGGAAUCAAAAUGGAGAAGCUGGACUCGGCAGGCCCUGGCCAACGAGAGGGAGGAAUCCCUCACGCCAUUGAGGCCAAGAGUCUGAAGGAGUUCCUUUGGUGGGCUGCGCCUCAGCAGAUGAAGCGGGAGCCGGAAGGAAGUUUUCCCAUUUGCUGGGACGCCCAGUGGCAGGACUUCCUGAAGGCUGUGCAGUUCCCUCACUGUGGAGAGAGGGAUCCACAGCUGGGGGAAUCCACUCUGCAGGUGGACAACGGCAGGGCCUUGGUGGGCACUGCUGGGUGCAGCCCGUGGCUUCUGGAAGAGAGAGGGAGGUGGCUCUUGCCAAGGCCCAGCGGAAAAGCCCAUCCGGCCUGCGUUCAAAUGGCGUCCAGUGGCCAACGGGACGAGGUGGGUUUUGCCAGGACAGAGGCCAAUCGCCAGCGGUUCAGGCGCUUCCUCUAUGAGGAGGCCACAGGGCCGCAGGAGGCAUGCGGGCGACUCCGGCAGCUGUGCCGUCUGUGGCUGGAGCCAGAGAGACGGUCCAAGGAGCAGGUCCUGGAGCUGGUGGUCCUGGAGCAGUUUCUGAGCAUCCUCCCCCAGGAGAUGCAGGGCUGGGUCCGCGGAGAGGAACCAGGGACCAGCUCCCAAGCAGCAGGCCUGGCGGAGGAUUUCUUGAGGAGGCAGCUCAACACUGAGUGGCUGGAGCAACAGGAACUGGAGCCCUACAAGGAAGUCGUGGUGGACUUCCCUGAGAAAGAGGAGGUCCCGCCGUGCCUUGCGCAAAGAGGACGCCUCUUCGGGGAAGCCACGCAGGAGUAUACCGAGGGCAGCAUGCAACAAGGUGUUGGCCCCGAAGACAAGCCAGAGAAGAAUUGUGCAGAAAAGCAAAGGCAACCAGAACCCAUUGAGAGCUCUUUGUGGGAAGCUGAAAUCAACGCAGUGCAGAUCCAGAGCCAUGCGGGGGAAUUCCUCGAAAGCAGAGGGAGAACCCGUGCAGGAGAGAAGCCGUACAAGUGCCCGGAGUGCGGGAAAAGCUUUCUAUACGGGUCAGAUCUCAUCAAGCACGAGAGGACGCACACCGGGGAGAAGCCGUUCGCCUGCACAGACUGUGGGAAACGCUUCAAUCAGAGCUCGCACCUCAUCUCCCACGAAAGGGUCCACACGGGAGAGAAGCCCUACAAGUGUUUGGCGUGUGGAAAGAGCUUCGGUUGGCGAUCGGACCUUGUAAGACAUCAGAGAAUCCACACAGGGGAGAAGCCCUACAUUUGCCCCGAUUGUGGGAGGAGCUUUAGCGCCAGCUCAGACCUUACUAGGCAUCAGAAAACCCACACAGGAGACAAAUCCUACAAAUGUGGGGCCUGCGGGAGAACGUUUAGCGGGCGAUUGCAGGUUGCUAGUCACCAGAGACUCUGCACCGGGGGGAAUUGCUGAAACCAGGAAAAAGUCCAUAGAAAAGAGCAUUCUUGCGACUAGACAGUGAGCAGUCUUUUUUGUGUGACAAGUGGGGUAUAUUUCUUCAAGGAAGAGUCCACAGUAGCCUGUGGUUUGCUCUGUUUCCUAGCAAAAUUUUGUACGUUGAAUCAAGAUUUCUGGUGCGCUUAAUAAAAAUGACUUU